CAGACCCUCUGUUCUCCGAGGGUCAGGAAUAAGCAGCACUUUGUUCCUCAGAAACAUGACAGUGCUUUCCUUCUCACCUUUGCACAGGAGCAUGGCCCACAGAGCAGAGAAAACAUCAAAGAAAUCCCAAGAACUUGGCGCUUUCUGGCAAGCAACUGGAACUAAGUGUUCCGAUGACAACAGAAAGGAGACCAGACAGCAAUGUCUCUAUCCUCCCACCCAGCCAACCCCCUCAGCACAGUGGCUCCUCAGACUCAGGGGACACUCCCUCCUCCCAGACUGGUCUUUGUCCAGAGAGCUCUCUAGCCUCUUCUCACCGGUCUUUGGCCUUAGGCUAGAAGAAUUCCUGCUUCUGCCCGCUGGUCUUCCAGCUCCUGUCCUUUCUCCAGAGCAGUCAGAGAAUCGUAGGUCAGCCUGUUCCUUCUGACCCCUUUGCAUUUUUUACCAGAAAGGUUGACCACAGCCGGGGAUAAUCGGGACGAGUCGCUCACCCAAGGACCAAUUGGACCUCUUAUUCCGAGAAAUGGCACCGGCUGUGGCCCGGGUCCUGUUCCUCCAGCUUGUUCUAGGGCCAACUCUGGUCGUGGACAUCAAGGUGCAGAUCGCCAUCAAGAACUUCCGCAUGUUACACGUCGACUACCCCAGGGUCAACUACCCAGAGGGGUUCCAGGGCUACUGCAAUGGUCUCAUGGCCUAUGUGCGGGGCAGAAAACAGAGCUGGUUUUGCCCCCAAAUCCAUUAUACGGUGCACGCCCCCUGGGGAGAAAUCAAGAGGUUCUGUUUGUACAGCGACAGCUUCUGCGAGAAUUACGAUGAAUACUGUACAGUCACAGAGGACUCCUUCCCUGUCACGAUCUGCUCUCUGGCCUCUGGACAGCCGCCCGUGAGCUGCCACUACAAUGACACCCUAACCAACCAAAGACUCUACCUGCUGUGUUCUGGAAAGCAUGAUGCUGAACCGAUAGGUAUCAUCGGCCUCUACUAGGAAAGGAAGCUUUCAUUCUGAACGGCCCCCUACUGCCCCCACACACCAGCCUGUCCCUACUCCCAAACCUCUGAUCCCUGGUCUAAGGCUUCCUCCCUGACUUCAAAGGCAGGCAGGAUCCCCUCCCAACGGACCAGGGAGGUAGGACAAACGUCCCGAGCUUCAGUCACCAUGCAAAGUCAUACUGCCUUGUAGCCUCUUUCUAACUUGUUUACCUCCUUUCUUCUCCCCACCAUCCUCCCUCUCCCACAGACGGUCUUACCCACCCAAGAAGCUGACUGUGUCCAGUUGGCAGUGACUUUCCGUCCACUGGGCCAGAUCCUGAAUCCUGGAUGGAGGCCCAGAGCCUCAGCUCACACCAUGGCAACAGGCACCCAGCUCCAUGUCUCAACUCCUCAUCCCCACUACCUUCCUCUUCUCAGCUUCCCCGUCUCCCUUAGGGCUCUCCACUCACUCACCUACCAGCAGGUACCUCUAGCUACAGGGACCUCCCUGAGAUCCUUAGACUCAUUCUAGCCCCACUCCUCCGGAACCCUCCUCAGUUCCCAGUCUGCUCCUCUCUAUGAAAUCAUUGAUCUUCUCUCCACAUCACCUGUUGUUUCCUUUCUCCUCUACCCCAGAGCCCAGGGUAGUCUCUCCCUGACAUUCCCAACCUCCUGUAGUCACCCUAUCUUCCUUUCUCUGACCCUUUUCCUUUCCAUCCUUCUCACUGUGGCUCACUGGAGUUUCAAGUUGCCUUCUUUGACCUGUUCCCUCCAAGAUUACUGCAUCCCUUUCCUUCCCAAAGCUCCAGGAUCUGCCGCUGCCAGGACGGGGCUGAGGUGAACCUGGCUGUAGUCAACGGAAGGUUUUAAAACCACAUCUGAAUGAUAUAAGAUAUAACCAUUGGGUGAAAGUGGGGUGGAGGGUAUGUGGGACCUCUCUGUACUAUUUUUGCAUCUUCCUG